AUGGUGCCUGUUGGGUUGCUAGGUGUUCUCCUGUGGGUGCAGCUCAGUGAGGGGCAGCCGUGGAGCACCCCUGAGCCCCAGGCUGAGCUGAGCACCCCGCAGGGCCCCGGGGAGCUGCGUCUGGUGGGGGGCGGUGGGCGCUGUGCCGGGAGGGUGGAGGUGAUGCAUGAAGGUGAAUGGGGCUCUGUCUGCAACUACGACUUCGACUGGGACGCCCGCUGGGCCACCGUGGUGUGCCGGCAGCUCGGCUGCGGCUCGGUGGCCACGUCGUCCCCAUACGCCCCGUUCGGGCCGGGCACCGGCCGCAUCUGGCUCCACAUCUUCUUCUGCCGUGGUGAUGAAGCGAUGCUGCAGGAUUGUCCCCAUUUCGGAUGGGGACAACACUUCUGCAACCAUGAGCGGGACGUGGGGGUGACCUGCAGAGACGCGGUGGAGCUGAGGCUGGUGGACGGCGGCGGUCCCUGUGCUGGGAUGUUGGAGGUGAAGCAGCGGGGACGGUGGGGCUCGGUGGCGGAUGACACGUGGAACAUGGCGGAUGCAGAGGUGGUGUGCCAGCAUCUGGGCUGCGGCUCGGCCACCAGAGCCUACAUCGGCAGCAGCCGCUUGGGCCAGAAUGACAGCCUCGUCAGCCUGGCAGUGGUGAACUGCCGCGGCGACGAGGAAGUGCUUUGGGACUGCGAGGUGAGGGGCUGGGGACCCUACAGCGGCAUCCAUGGCUUCGACACUGGUGUCGUCUGCCAAGGGUUCACCCGGGUGGUUGGCGGCGAUGGCACCUGCAGCGGGCGGCUGGAGGUGCGGCAGCGCCGAGCCUGGGUCGGUGUCUGUGAGGACGCCGUGGACAUGGAACGCUGCCCCAGAGCCUACAUCGGCAGCAGCCGCUUGGGCCAGAAUGACAGCCUCGUCAGCCUGGUGCUGGUGAACUGCCGCGGCGACGAGGAAGUGCUUUGGGACUGCGAGGUGAGGGGCUGGGGACCCUACAGCGGCAUCCAUGACUUCGACACUGGUGUCGUCUGCCAAGGGUUCACCCGGCUGGUUGGCGGCGAUGGCACCUGCAGCGGGCGGCUGGAGGUGCGGCAGCGCCGAGCCUGGGUCGGUGUCUGUGAGGACGCCGUGGACAUGAACGCUGCCCAGGUCAUCUGCCGGGAGCUGGGCUGUGGCACGGUGCUGGCUGUGCACGGGACCGGGCUGUUCGAGGCAGGAGCGGAGCCUCAAUGGGACGUGGGGUUCGAGUGCACCGGCACCGAGCAUCUCCUCAGCGCCUGCAGCCGGCGGGCAGCACGCAGCCGGGGCUGCACCAGCCACGCCAGCAUCAUCUGCUCCUCCUACACCGGGUUCCGGCUGGUGAACCACAGCUCGCGCUGCGCCGGGCGCGUGGAGGUGAUGGCAGGGGGGACGUGGGGGUCCCUCUGUGCCACCGGCUGGGACCUGCCCAAUGCCCAUGUCCUCUGUCACCACCUCGGCUGCGGCCCCGCCACCACCGUGCUCCCGGGAGGCUCCUUCGGCAGCGGGAAUGGGACCCUGUGGGUGGAUGCCUUUGAUUGCAGUGGGAGCGAGCAGCACCCCAGUGAGUGCCCCGUGGCGGUGCUGGGGGAGCCAGCGUGCCCCCCCGGCCACGCUGCUGCGGUCAGCUGCUCAGGCGCUGCUGAGCCGCUGCGGCUGGUGGAGGGGCAGAGCCGGUGCGACGGGCGGCUGGAGGUCACCACGAGCCCUGGCACCUGGGCCGGUGUGUCCACGGGGCUGUGGGACAGCCGUGUGGCCACCGUGGUGUGCCGGGAGCUGGGCUGUGGUGAGCUGGAGGGGGUCUACACAGUGCCGGGCUCCAGCGCCAUGCGGCUGCAGGAGGUGCAGUGUGCCGGCACCGAGGACAACCUGUCCCAAUGCAACGUCUCAGCGAUGGCCGUUGUUCCAACCAGCAUUCCCGAGGCGUUGGCUGUUGUGUGCUCCGGCAGCCGGCGGCUGAGGCUGGCGGGUGGCCCCGGGCGCUGCGCCGGCCGCGUGGAGCUCUACCUCAAUGGCACUUGGAGCACCGUGUGCCAGGACACAUGGGACAUCGUGGACGCCACCGUCGUGUGCCGGCAGCUGGGCUGUGGGACAGCGCUGGAUGCGCCCGGCUCCGCUCGCUUCGGCCCCGGCGUGGCAGCACCAUGGCCGGGUGCCGGUGGCUGCGCCGGCUCCGAGCUGUCCCUUUGGGAUUGCCCGGCCCCGGGGCAGCGCGGCUGCCGGCGCGGCGGCGGGGCCGGCGCCGUGUGCUCAGGUCAGUGCCGUGCCCCCCCGAUUGGGACCGGGGACACAGACAUGCAGAGCCGUGCUGUGACCCCCCCAUUGUCCCCUGCAGCGCAGCUCUCCCUGCGGCUGGCUGGCGGCAGCGGCCGCUGCAGCGGGCACUUGGAGCUCUUGUACAACGGGACGUGGGGCCGCGUGUGCGCCGCCGGCACCAGCCCGGCCACGGCCGCCGCCGCCUGCCGGCAGCUGGGCUGCGGGGACGGGGGGAGCCUGGGGGCUGUCCCUGCCCCGCGCCCGGCCCCCGCCUGGCUGGCCUGGGUGCGCUGCGAGGACGGGGCGCGCUCGCUGUGGCGCUGCCCCUCGGCUCCCUGGCACCUACAGGAGUGUGGCCCCGGUGGGGAUGCCCAUGUGGUUUGCAUUGAGGCCGGCGAUGAUGUGACGGCCACCCCGUCCCCAGGGAGCCUGUGCCUGGAUGGUGACACAUGCACAGAUGUCCCCAGUGCCGCCACCCCGGUGGCAGCCACCGUGCCGGUGCCAACGGUCCUGUGCGUGGUGCUGGGGGUGCUGCUGUGCCUGGCGCUGGGUGUCCUGGCUGUGCAGAUGUACCGUGCCCGGGCUGGGCGAGAAGGCCCUGGCAAAGCCGUGGAUGCUGUCUAUGAGGAGCUGGACUACACCGUGAUGCCCGUGUACCAGAAGGUGCCCAGCCGCCCAGGCUCCCCAACGGAGGGGUCAGAGACGAAGCUGCCCUAUUACACUGCAGAGGAUGUGGAGGAGAGUGACCCCAAGGCAGCCCCAGAUCCCCCUGCCCUGCCCGAGGACGGACCCCCCGAUGGCUACGAUGAUGCUGAGGCCGUGCCAGAGGAGUCCCCCAGUGCUGGAGACACCCCCGAAGGGGGGGCACAUGCAGGUGGGAGCUGUCCCCCGCCAGGAGACACAGGGGACCCCCCGGAGCUGCCCCCAGGGGACACAGGCUACGAUGAUGCUGAUGUUGGCACCUUGGGCACACUGCUGUGAGGAUGCUCUGGCCACACCACACGAGGCCCUGAGGAAAUGAGUGCGGGUGGUGGGGCUCGGUCCCCAAGAAGGGGUGGCCCUGGCCACAGAGGUCACCUCUCCCUGCCCAGGACCACAGCACAGCAGCUCCGGUGUCCCUCUGCCAGCAGCGCUGCAGGGAUUUGGGUUUAGUUUCACUGUGAAUGUCUAUGUUUUUCUCUAUUAAACCCCCAAAUCUGGCUGGAGACUCA